AGUACCUAUCCAUUUCCACCUCCACCUUUCCCCCACUCCUCCUAAUAUUAAUACAACACACAGCAAUCAUAUGCAAAUACUUGCAUUCACCGACUCAACCAAGCACAGAACAAGAAAUAAAGAAAGAAGAUGAUGCGACUGCCAAAGACUAACUUCCCCUCCGUCUACGACGCUCCCAAUGGAGUUGACAUUCGGGGUCGAUACGAUGAGGAGUUUGCGAGGAUCCUCACAAAGGAUGCUUUAGGGUUCGUGGCAGAGUUGCACCGGGAGUUCUGGAACCAUGUCAAGUACGCAAUGGAUUGUCGAAGAGAGGCAAAGAGGAGGUACAAUCAGGGAGCAGCGCCCGGGUUUGAUCCAGCAACAAAGUAUGUGAGGGAAGGGGAGUGGGUGUGUGCACCGGUGCCGCCGGCUGUGGCUGACCGGAGGGUGGAGAUUACCGGUCCGGUGGAAAGGAAGAUGAUCAUUAAUGCGCUCAACUCUGGAGCCAAAGUUUUCAUGGCCGACUUUGAAGAUGCGCUGUCACCAAACUGGGAAAACCUGAUGAGUGGGCAAGUGAACCUGAAGGAUGCUGUGGAUGGCACCAUAAGCUUCCAUGAUGAAGCAAGAAAAAGGGUGUACAAGCUCAAUGACCAGACAGCCAAGCUCUUCGUCCGGCCCAGGGGCUGGCACCUACCUGAGGCCCACAUCCUCAUCGAUGGUGAGCCUGCAAGUGGUUGCCUCGUGGAUUUUGGGCUUUAUUUUUACCACAACCAUGCAGCAUUCCGCAGAACUCAGGGUGCUGGGUCUGGGCCUUUCUUCUAUCUCCCUAAAAUGGAGCAUUCAAGGGAGGCCAGAAUAUGGAACUCUGUGUUUGAGAGGGCAGAGAAGAAGGCUGGUAUAGAGAAAGGAAGCAUCAGGGCUACUGUUCUGAUUGAAACACUUCCGGCUGUUUUCCAAAUGGAUGAAAUCCUAUACGAGCUGAGGGAUCAUUCUGUAGGGUUAAACUGUGGGAGAUGGGAUUACAUUUUCAGCUAUGUGAAGACUUUCCAGGCUCAUCCUGAUCGCCUGCUGCCAGACAGGGUUCAGGUUGGCAUGACCCAACACUUCAUGCGGAGUUACUCAGACCUCCUCAUCCGAACCUGCCAUCGACGCGGUGUGCAUGCCAUGGGUGGCAUGGCAGCUCAGAUUCCAAUCAGAGAUGAUCCAGCAGCAAAUGAAGCAGCACUAGAGCUGGUGAGGAAGGACAAGCUGAGGGAGGUGAAGGCAGGGCACGAUGGGACAUGGGCAGCGCAUCCGGGUCUGAUCCCAGCAAUCACCGAAGUCUUCAUGGCCACCAUGGGCGAAGCUCCUAACCAAAUCCAAACCGUGAGGCGGGAUGACGCAGCUAACUUAACUCAAGAAGACCUCCUGCAGCGACCAAGAGGGGUUCGAACCAUGGAAGGUCUCCGGCUAAAUACCCGAGUUGGGAUCCAAUACCUGGCAGCCUGGUUAACUGGAACCGGGUCAGUGCCUUUGUACAACCUCAUGGAGGAUGCAGCAACAGCUGAGAUAAGCAGGGUUCAGAACUGGCAGUGGCUGAAGUAUGGGGCAGAACUGGACGGGGAUGGGCUUGGGGUGAGGGUGGGGUUGGAGCUGUUUGGGAGAGUGGUGGAGGAGGAGAUGGUUCGGAUUGAGAAAGAGGUUGGUAAAGAGAGGUUUAAGAAGGGAAUGUAUAAAGAGGCUUGCAGGAUUUUCACCAUGCAGUGCACAGCACCAGAACUGGAUGACUUUCUCACGCUUGGUGCUUAUGACCAGAUUGUUAUGCAUCACCCUAAGGGCUCAUCUAGGAUCUGAGGAUGGUCAUAUCAAUUGGGAACCCAUAUGAUGUGUGUUAUCAAGUAGAGUCAUACUUGCUACUAUCAGCUGUUACGAUUUUUGUGCUUGGCGUUUGUCUCGUGUUGUUCCCUCUACUGUUACUGUAAUAAAAUGGUAAUAAAAUAUCGAAAUUGUGACUUUUAAGUCUUUAUCCCUACAAAA